GGAUCUCUCUCGGAUCUGUGGGCUCCGACCACGAACCUCUCCACCGUCAACUGCGGCGCCGAGACCGACGACGGCGUGCGCGGAAAGCAGCGACUGGGUCUCAUCGUCGACCCAGGUGCGGCGAAGGGCCUCGGCGGCACGGACGCCGUUCGGGAGAUCUGCGAACACUUCCUCUGGCCCAGGAAUCAGGACAUCAGCGUCAGGAACUCAGGCUCCAAGCUCUCGGGCAUCGACGGCAAUCCUAAUGCUUCAGUCGGCCUGGGCACGAUCCCUCUCAACUUGAAAGCAAUGCCCGGGAGUGCCUUCACGAUGGAUCUACUUGGUGGAUCUGGAUCGAGAUGCCCAUGUCUGUUGCCCAGCGAGUCCAUCAUUGAACAUGCCGGGUCAAUGUGUGCGAACAUUUUACCAGAGAAAGACGGCGUGCUGGUCAUCAAUCAUCUGGGGGCCAUGGGCAAGAAAGUGGCUCCCACCACCUCCCUUCGCAUCCUGUGCGCCGACUCGGGGCGCUACCUCCUACCGAUUGACGAUCCCUCGGCAAACGCAGGCGAGGAAGCAGCAGCACUUCGCCAGGCAGUUAAGGACUACAUGGAGUUCAUCUUCGACACGCAGACCUCUUCCAGGACAAACGUCAACGCCGCAUUGCAGUGCGACGCAGAGAACGAGUCAUUUGCCGGACAGCGUCGAAUCCUCACCGGGUGCUCCUCGAGCCCGCGUGAGAUCACGUCGGCCACCUUAGCUGCUGGACAGCCUCGAACUCUCGCCGGGUGCUCCUCGAGCCCGCGUGAGAUCGCGUCGGCCACUUUAGCUGCUGGACAGCCUCGAACUCUCGCCGGGUGCUCCUCGAUCCCGAGCGAGAACAAGUCGGCAGCGUUAUUUGCUGGACAGACUCGAAUGACUCGAGAAGACAUGACUCAGGAUACUGGCAGAAGCAAGCAGUGCGAGAUGACCGCGCAGACAGAUGCGAACAAGCGGACCUUCAGCGGCAACGCCAUGAAGUGGAUAGAACACAUGCAGGACUUCAAGACUUACUUCCAGGAAAGAAUGGCUGGAAGCGGACGUCUAUCAUCGAGGUGCUCGAAGCUGGUCCUACAGAUAGCUUUCCCGAUCGACUGCCGAUACGGCUGGAAGUUGAACUUGGCUGAUCCAGAACAUCAGGUCCUACUCGCGGCGGCCAGGGAGACGCUAG